ACUCUCAUAAAGCUGAGCGUCUCUGCAGAGCCACAGGUGGAGCAGCCAUGUCCACCGGCUCUGCUGCCAGUGAUGCUGAGGACUAUGGGACAUGCCACAGGAGGAGGAAGGUCUCCUGCAGGUUUUCAGACGAGGAGCUGGAGGACGAAAGGAGGAUGAAGCACAAAGGGUCCAAGGGGCAGCAGAAGGAGCCGAGGCAGACUCAGAGGAACGCAGCCAACGCCAGGGAGCGGUCCCGGAUGAGAGUGCUGAGCAAAGCCUUCUCCAGGCUGAAGACCAGCCUGCCCUGGGUCCCGGCCGACACCAAGCUCUCCAAACUGGACACGCUGCGCCUCGCCUCCAGUUACAUCUCCCACCUGAGGCAGCUGCUGCAGGAGGACCGUCUCCAGAGCAGCUUCGGGCAUCCGGUCAACCUGACCUGGCCCUUCCUGAUGAGCGGGCGAUCAGAGGACGGUCCGGACGUCCCGCCCUCGGUCAGACUCUGUGGAACGACAGCAUAGAUCCAGCUGUGCAAACCACAUGGAAACAUCUGUCCUCUGUCCAUCAUCGCCCUGCAGACAGCAUGACAGUGUGGGUCUGAAACUGUCUGCAAAUGCCCCGAGAAAAGACUUCAAAACAUCCCUGAACAGGCUGAGGAUGAGUGUGUAUUUACAGCAUGCCAGUAAGGACAACAAAGUGUUUCCAGAUAUAGUUUCUUGUGUGCAUGCAAAGGUGUUGUAUGUUUACACCGUGUGUAAGCUCUGGAUCUUCUGGACAUCAGAUCCACUUCUUGUUUGUGGUUUUAUUGACUGAUGGUGAGAAGUUCUGCAACCAGAAUGAUCUCUAAAGAGAUGCCUUGAUUUGUCUGUCUGAAACCCAAAGAUAUCCACAUCUUUCUGAUGUUUUUGCAUGUCUAGUUUGCCACCAUGUGUUGCCAUCACUGAGCUGACUCUGCAGCUGGACUCUU